UAGCAUGACAGCUGACUUAAAUCAAUCCCGAAGCUUCCAGGGAUCCCCUGUUUCCCUCUCUCUGUUUUCGUGCGGCGGGCGCAGGAAUUAUACGUCAUUUUAGCAGUCACUACAUUUCCCAUGAGAACUCGCUCGGUGGAAACUACAUCAGACAAUAUGGCGGGAAUCGGAGCUUUCCUGAGGAAUGCGUGGAACAAGGAGCCGGUUAUCAUGGCUUCUUGUGGAAUUGGACUGGUUGGUGCCAUUCUUCCGUUCAUCAGCCCACUUACAAAAUAUACAGCAAUGUUGAACGCAGCUGUGCCGUACAACUACCCAGUUCCCGUGCGAGAUGAUGGAAACAUGCCCGACAUUCCAGCUCAUCCACGUGAACCAAAAGGAAGAAACUUGGAUUGGAUCAAAAAUCUAUAACUUCAGAUUUUCUCAUGUUAAUAUCUGUCUAAAUAGUUGCCUCCAAUGUCUGUGUCCAACAAUAAAGAUUCUAUUUAAUUCUA